UUUGCAGUCUGGUUCUGGUACUGAAAUUACUGAAUGACAUUAAUUUGAUAAUUUCAACUAUCUAUGUAAUAGUAGUGCUUAGGUUUAAGUAUUCUUCUAUAAAAUAUUACGUUCUUAUAGCCAAAUGAAAUGAAUUAAUAUCGUAAUAUUUUAAUUUGUAUAUAAACUCAAUACGAUGCAGUAUACAUCAGACGAAGCUUACGCUCGCCUCAUCAGUCACAACAUGACAGUACCACAAAGGAUUAAGGCUACAGGUGACAUAGUUGAUGAUGAAGGUGCACCCAAUGGACUAGUAACAGGGUGGGAUUAUUCGAAGGAAAAAUUUGACAUGAAAGUUCCAGAAAGGAUUCUGGUUGUCGGGCAAGAUCAGCAUAUUGGUACAAAAGCUCCACCUAGAGAAAUUCAGUUGGACAAUGCAGUGCUCCCUACUGAUCCUGGCAUGAUACGUGUGAGCACGCCACCACGUGUUAUCACUCUUGAUCAACAUUAUUUUCCAUCAGCUGACGACUUCCCACAGGGCAUACCAAAUUCUCCUCCCAGGAAUGUAAGGCCAUAUAGGUCACAAGGGGAUGGAGCCCGCUCUACUACACCCAGAACUGAUCUUUUUAACGAAUCCACUAUGAGCGAGUCCCGUUUAAUACUGAAUAGAGAUCCUACACCACCUAUGGGCAACGGUGAAGGUUUGUCUGCUGCCGAAGAACUGGUGCAUUUACGAAGACAGAUUGUUAAAUUGAACAGACGGGUAAUGUCGAUAGAAGCUGAACAGUUACAACGCCAACAGAAAGAGAAGAUAGCUUAUGCUAUUGGAAUUGCUUACUUGUUGUUCAAAGUUAUGGCAUGGUUAAAUAGAUCCUAAUUUUUAUUAGACACAAUGUCAUUAAAAUGUAAGAUGAAAUAUAUUAAUGUAUUUUUGACUUCGUGAAAUGUAACUGAUAUGUUCACAUUGUAAAUGAUACAUGAAAACUCUGUCCCAGUUUAUCAAUCACUUGAAGUAUAAAAUAUUAAUGCAUUAUCAUCGUUUAGCUUAAUUUAGAUUUUUUUUAUACCAUUAUGUAUAUUUCUGUAAUUUGUAAUUGUACAGUGUAUGCAUUUGCAUAAACGUUUUUAUAACACACAUAUAUUUACGUUUCAUCUACUUUUAAUGAGUUGUUAAAGUGAAGUGACCUCUCUUUUUAGUAUAGAUGAAAGGGUCUUUUUUUAUUUAAAUAAAUAGAGUUCACCUAUA